AUGGCAAGCACAUUUUCAUCUUCAUACAUAUCAAUCAUUGAUUAUAAACGUCCAUUUAACAUUGAUGCAAGCUCGAUUACAGAAUAUUUUUGCUCCGUAUUAGCAUCUGAUGGAAGUCUAGAUCGUGGUGCGCUGCGAAAUGGCAACAUUCUAUUUAAAAAUCACUUUGUUCAUUCUAUUUAUAUUAGUCGACGAUACAUUGAAAUAACAAUCACAGCAAAAUGUCGAGCUCAAAUGAAAAAAGCAGUUACUUAUCAAUUAAAAUUAAUUAUGAAUAGCAGUCGUUCGGCAGAUAUUAUACAUGGAUAUUGUAAAUGUGUAGCUGGACAAGGACCUAGAGCUGGUUGCAAGCAUCUCGCAGCAUUAUGUUCUGGAUUGUUAGAUUAUGAUGAUAAAAAACUUUAUGAUGCAUGCACUCAAAGACUACAAGAAUAG